AUGUCGAUGCUUCUCGGUGUCCGCGGAACACGAGAUCAGUCAUCCUACAUUGGUGGAAGGGACUACGUUUUCUGGCAAAAAGAGAUGAGAGACGCUGAGCGCAUUCCUGGGCCGACACCCCUGCCGGUGGUGGGAAAUCUAUUCGACAUCGAUCUUGAGCAUGUUCUGCAAUCCGUCAUUGGAUUAGCAAACAAAUAUGGACCCCUCUUCCAAAUCACUAUCAAUGGUGAAAAGCAGAUCUUUGCGACUAGCCAGGCCCUGGUAGACGAGCUCUGUGACGAGUCGCGCUUCCACAAAGCCGUAGCCUCUGGCCUCGAGAAUUUACGAAUGCUGGCCCACGAUGGUCUCUUCACAGCCUACCAUGGAGAGCGCGGCUGGGGGAUUGCUCAUCGCAUUCUAGUGCCUGCCUUUGGCCCGCUGCGUAUCCAGAGCAUGUUCGACGAUAUGGGCGAUUUAGCGCAACAGCUAUGUUUGAAGUGGGCCCGCCAGGGAGCUUCAAACAGUAUCAACAUCACCGAUGAUUUCACACGCCUCACUUUAGACACUAUUGCCCUUUGCACUAUGGACUUCCGGCUGAACAGCUUUUAUAAUAACGACACUAUGCACCCAUUUGUCGAAUCCAUGUUGUACGUACUGAGGGAAGCAGAUGUUCAGUCUGCGCUUCCCGGGAUUGCAAACUCGGUACGCAUAAUGGCGCAUCGGCGCAUGUUGAAGAACAUUGAGGCGAUGAGAACUAUAGCUCGCGACAUUAUACACGACCGCAGAAAGAAAGAGAAUCCCGCCGACGACCUUCUGAACACGUUAUUGAACGGGCGGGACCCAGUCACCGGAGAAGGCAUGAGCGAUGAGUCGAUCAUCGACAACGUCAUCACGUUCUUGGUUGCGGGUCACGAAACAACCUCCGGCCUGCUAUCCUUUACAUUUUAUUAUCUGGUACAACACCCAGACAUCUUGAAGAAGGCCCAGAAAGAAGUGGACGAGACCGUCGGCCAGGCCCAGAUCUCGGUGCAACACCUCGCAGAGCUUCCGUACAUAGAUGCCAUACUGAAAGAGAGUCUGCGCAUGAUGCCUACUGCCCCGGGCUUCACCGUCACUCCGAAGAAAGCAGAGACUCUGGGCGGGAAAUGGUUGUUGAAUGCCGGCCAGCCUAUCAAUGUGCUGCUGCCUGCCUGUCUGCGAGACCGGAGUAUUUUCGGGCCCAACGCAGACGAGUUCAGUCCGGGACGCAUGUUGGCAGAGAAUUUCUCUAAGCUCCCACCCAAUUCUUGGAAGCCUUUCGGCAAUGGCGAGCGGAGCUGCAUUGGCAGGGCCUUCGCUUGGCAGGAAGCCCAGCUGGUGGUUGCGAUGAUCCUUCAAAACUUCGAUUUGGUGCCUGACGAUCCGUCCUACACCCUGCGCAUUAAAGAGACUCUCACCAUCAAGCCCGAUGGGUUCCGAGUCCGAGCCACACUACGCCACCGCCAAACUGCCACCGGGCUAUUCCAACACACUCUGUCGGCGCGCAAUGAUACGAGCUUAGCGUCGUCAUCGGCUCAUUUCAUCAAGAAAAGCGAGGAUCAGGCACCGGCGGGAGGACGACCAAUUUGCUUCUUCUACGGCUCUAAUAGUGGAACUUGCAAGGCUCUCGCCCAUCGUUUGGCAUCGGACUUGAUGCCCUAUGGCUUUACUGAUCAGAAGCUUGCCGUCCUCGAUACUGCUGUCGACAAUCUGCCGAGAGAUCAGCCGGUUAUUAUUUUGACGACAACGUACGAUGGUCAACCCACGGACGAUGCAAAGAAGUUUGUCGCCUGGCUCGAAAGCGGCAAAGUACCGGCUCUCCAAGGCAUAUCGUACGCAGUCUUCGGCUGCGGUCACCAUGACUGGACUCAAACAUUCUAUCGUAUCCCGACUUUGAUUGAUGAACUGAUGCACAAGGCCGGAGCCACACGCCUUGCACCACGAGGGACAGCCAAUGCUGCUGUCAGCGAUCUAUUCUCGGAUCUCGAAGCGUGGGAAGAGACAAGCCUGCUGCCCGCCCUUCGUGAAACAUUUCUUCUGUCUAGCAGCAGCGACUUGGAGCCCCUCAACCUGCACCAGUUACAGAUCAGCCUCAGUAAACCCAGGAGGAUCGAUCUGCACAAAGACCUUAUGGAGGCAAGAGUGACUACUGUUCGAAUACUAACUAACCCCGACACCCCAGAGAAGCGACAUAUUGAAUUCCGUUUCCAGGGAGACACCACCUUGCGCCCAGGUGAUCAUGUCAAUGUUCUCCCAGUCAAUCCGCCAAGCACGGUCCUGAGAGUGCUGGCGCAGUUCAAUCUUGCUCCGGACUACAGCAUCACCAUCAAUUCGUUCAACACGCUGGGUCUGCCUCAGGCCACACCGGUGUCGGCAUCUGAGCUGUUUAGCGCCUAUGUGGAGCUAUCCCAACCAGCCACACGUAAUAACCUCAGAAUUCUCGCGGCAACCGCACAGUCAGAUGAAGACAAACAAGAGUUAAUCCAUUUGCAGGAUUCAUACGAUUCGCUCGUCCGGGACAAACGCGUCUCGGUCUUGGAUCUCCUCGAACAGUUCCCCUCCGUCUCCCUUCCCAUCGCCGCAUUUAUCUCCAUGCUCCCGGCUCUGCGCUUGCGGACCUAUUCUCUCUCCCUGGCCCCCUCCUUCAAACCCUCCCACGGUUCUCUCACAUUUUCGGUGGUCAAUGAGCCGGCAAGAAACGGCAACAGGCGAUAUCUGGGUGUCGGGUCGAAUUACCUUGCGUCGCUCACACCAGGGUCUAUUCUUUACUUAUCUCCACGGCCAGCCAAGGAGGCAUUCCAUCUACCGGUAGACCAAUCCAGAAUACCCAUCAUAAUGAUCUGCGCGGGUAGUGGUCUGGCCCCUUUCCUUAGCUUCAUACAAGACCGCAUGAUCUGGCAACAGCAGGACAAACCACUGGCGAGGGCAUUGUUGUUCUUUGGCUGUGGUGGGCGAUUUUUGGAUGACCUUUACCAUGAGGAACUAUCUGAGUUCGAAGCUGCAGGAGUGGUUGAUGUUCGGAGAGCAUACAGUAAAGUCCUAGAUUAUGAUAUGGCGAGGGGAUGCAAAUACGUGCAAGACCGGCUGGUGGCGGAAGCUAAUGCUAUCCGGCAUCUUUGGGCUCAAGAUGCCACGAUCUAUGUCUGCGGCUCUGCAGAUAUGGCCAAGGGGGUCGAGGGAGUGUUGGAAAAACUGUUGGGAAUGCUGCCCAGGGAGCGAUAUGUUACGGAGAUAUAUCAAAUGCAAACACGCGAUAACGUAUCUGAAUGGCUGAUCUAA